GAACGGAACAGAUUGACGGAAUAACCGCCAAGGAAACGCGCAGACUCGCAAAACCAAAACGGAAAAAACAAACAAACGCAAGGGAAGGAGCGAAGGGGCCGGCCGAGGCAGGCGAAGGAAGUUGAACGAGCUGCAGCUAAGGAAGGAGAAGAGAAGCAAGAAUGCCAGUAGUUGGUGCUGCUCCUGCUCCGAUGAGGAACCGCCUCGCCGCCGCAGCAGCAUUCUUCUUCACAUUCCUCUUCCUCUUCGUCCUCGCCUCUUCCUCCCCGGCCGGCAAUCGCGACGGCCCCCAGCCGAUUUGCAGCAGAACUUGCGUCUCGGAGAAUUGUGAUACCUUUGGGAUACGGUACGGGAAGUACUGCGGCGUAGGUUGGACCGGCUGCCCCGGCGAGAAGCCGUGCGACGAGGUUGACGCCUGCUGCAAGGUUCACGACGAUUGCGUUGGAAAGAAAGGUAUGACGAACGUGAAGUGCCACCAGAAGUUCAAAACAUGUGUGAAGAAAGUGCAGAAAUCAGGGAAAUUAGGGUUCUCCAAGGAGUGUCCGUACGAGAAGGUCGUCCCUACCAUGGUGCAAGGUAUGGAUAUGGCCAUCAUGUUGAGCCAGUUCGGUAACGCAAACGUUGAGCUCUGAUUGGAUUGUAGUUCCCUUCCUCUCUCGUAUUGUUCCAAUUUUAUCGAAUGUCUCGCUGAUUGGAUUCUCCCCUAAAUAUGGGGGAACUCUUGCAUUUUUCAACCCUGAUUGGACUGAAUUCGCCCUCAACCAAUUAUUUGAACCCUCCCUUGUAACUUUGCUGGUAUAUAUGGAAACAAGAUAGAACCUGAAGAGGUAUUCCCACUUAAUCAUCAGCUCUCAACUUUUCUGGCAUCUGCAACUUGUAUGUUUCGUGCAUUUAUGGAAUGGAUCGUAGUUUGAGACACUUGGACCUUGUUCUUACAGCCACUGGUGUUUGUGCUUUAUUGAUUUUGAGUAGAAUGGCAAGUGAUAGUUGGGUUCUUAUGCCUGCCCAGUGCCUAGUGCCUUGCUGUAGUUAGGUUAGCAAUGCUAAUUCUUCCAUAAGGAUUAAGGAAAGUAUAUAAAGAGGCAACUGUCACAUCAAGUACUCUUGCAUCAGCUGUCAAGGUGUAUAUAGUUUGCAUUAGUUCCAAGGUGCAUCAAACCCCUCCUAGGAAGUAGGAUCAUUGAACUCAAGUAGAUGUAGAUUGUAGACAAUUUGGUUUCUUUCAGAGGAGAGUGGAGGGAUCUGUAAGAAGCCAUUGGGCGGAGUAGCUCGCUGUGAAUAGUACUGUAGGUAAACUUGUUCUGGAGGCGUUCUAGCUCGAGGGUGCCCUUUUCACAUGCUUUUAGGUAGUGAAUGGUGCAUUUGCGUGUGGCCGAGAGUUUUUUUGUGCAGUGGAGAAAACAGGAAUCGCUGGAUGGCGAACUGAUGAUGAGGAUGUGUGUGAUUCGUGUCGUUUCUAGCGAAUCUACUCGUGAUGGUGAGUACACGGAGGAAUGAUGGGAGUGGAGUAUCAGUAAGGUAAUAUUCUUUCCACGUCCAGAGUGUUCUCUGUGCAAAAGGAUAUAGUUGUUUAGAACAGGGUAAUGAAGCCUAUAAUAUGCAUUGAGUGUGACAAGAAUUCAAGGAAGAAGUAUUUAGCACGAAGUCAAGACAAAUUGGGAUUAUUUUGCUAGGGAAAGUUCCAGUGUUACUGUCUUUUUGUCGUACAUUCUGUUCUGUUGUGGUUAGAGGUUUUCCUGCAAGACAAGCAAAACUGCAACAGAAUUUCCCUCGUAGUUGCAGAAAAAGGUGUUUGCUUGUUAUUUUAGAAUCACAACUGCUCAGUGGACGUUAUUGUUGGCUUGUAAAGCCCGAAAGGGAAAAAGAAUAAUUAAAAAGGCAAAGACAAAAGGAGGACGCAAAGCUUAAUCAGUUCAGCACACUCAAAAUUUGAGUGUCGUGCUUAGGCAGAUAGAUGGGAGGGAGCAUUCAUUAUUCGUUGAGAUCGUUGGAUUGUUUUUUUUUUUUUUCAUUAGCUUUCCAAUAAUUGGACAGAGUUCGAUAAAUAUUUUUAUAGAUAGUGUCAUAGACUCACAGUAAUCCAACAAGUCACGGCAAUCCACCAAGUGAAACCACUCGAGGAAAAUCAAACAAUAUUAGCAUGAUGCUGAACAUUCGUAGUUUACACUGGAAUUAGUUCUCUUCUUCUUCCUUGACCUUUUAGGGUUUUAUGGGGUUUUCUAUAGUUGAAACGGUAGUGGAAGGUUCUUCUAAAGAGUUGUCUGCCAUUCCAGUUUCUUUGUUGUCCGUUGAGAAAUUGUUUCACAACUUGUCGGCUACCAGAACCUUUUUGUAAUUUUCUCACCUGCAAAACGGGGCCGGACAGGUGGGUUUGAAAUGGAAGCUCAAAGACAGGUGAGCUGUGGGGGAAGGAAGAGUCCAAUUAGAGGGAGAGAGAUGUCAUUUUCCAGCGUAUACAAUCGUCACUGUGAAGGUAGGAAACAAGGUUGUCAAUCCGCGGGUGGACCGGUGGGCAGUGGCGGAUACAUGAUGCUUUAGGGGUGUCCCGGGACACCCCUAAAUUUUGGGAACACGAUUAUUCAACCCCCGAUAGUAGUUUUGUAUGGAUAAACAAAAUAUAAUUAGUAAUCUGGGACAUCACUAAAAUUUUAAUAAAUGAUUAUUUUACCCUCGAUAGUAGUUUGCGUGGUUAAAAAAAUAUAAGUGGUACUCUGUGUUAUUCAAAUCUAGGACACUCCUAUUAUUUAACAUCUUCUGCAUUAGGUUAUAACUCAUUUGUUGUUCUAUUUUAAACACUAUGUAAUGUUGAAAACACGAUUUCUUAUCCCCAGGGUACCCUAAUUUGAAUUGAUUUUAUAGUUACACUGCAAGUGUUGAAACAGUCUUUUCAAUUUUGAAUUACAUCAUGAACAAGGUAGAAAUUGAAUAUGCGAUCUAGUAGGAUAUACCGAUUUGUUGAGCAGUGUACACACCAAAUCUAUCUUAUAUUUUUUUCGAAAUUGAAAACACAUCGUGACUUUUUGUGUAAUUUAUACUAAUUGGAUAUUUUAUUAUUUAUGUAUUAUUUAAUUGAAUUUAAUUUUUGAAAGAGGACACCCCUACAAAAAAUUUCUGGAUCCGCCACUGCCUGUGGGUUGACCCACUUUGACCCUGACCCGGUGAGAAAAACGGGCCGCAAGUAUCUGUCAGGUCGAUCGCUACAAGGUAUCGGGUUGGAGAUCAAAUUGUGUCAUUUUUUUCUUUGGUUUGCGAUAUGCGCCUAUUUUCCGAUUUUUCUUUUCGUCUAACUCAAUCUUUGGAAUCCUUAGUUGAACAUUUGAACAUUGAUGUUAUAUAAAUGUGGGUGAAUUUU